AGGAACACGUGACUCGGUGUUUCCGGGUUCCGGUGUCAGCCAAUGAGCUAGCCGGAGCUGGAGCCACAAACAUGGAGCCGGACCGGGGGAAUCCGUUCGGGGAUCUGGAUAACCCAUUCCAGGAUCCGUCUGUAAGUGUGCACCAGGGCAGCUCCCAGUAUGCCACCCUUGAUGUGUAUAACCCAUUCGAUAGCAAAGGGAUUCCUCCGCCUCCCCCUUACAAUGAGCAGCCCCCAAGCCAGGCUGCCGCCACCUUGCCUACUGUCCCUGUAAAUAACAUCCCUCCUCCAGCCAUCAAGAAACAGAGUCCGACAGAACCCAAAAACUAUGGAUCGUACGGAACCCAGGAAUCAACAGCGGCUGCAACAGCGGAUUUACUGCGGCGUCAGGAGGAACUAAACCGGAAGGCAGAGGAGUUGGAUCGUAGAGAAAGAGAGCUCCAGAGUGCUGCGUUGGGAGGUUCUUCCUCAAGGCAGAAUAACUGGCCCCCUUUGCCCUCCUUCUGCCCGAUGAAGCCCUGCUUCUAUCAAGAUAUCGGUGUGGAGAUACCACAGGACUUCCAAAAGACGGUGUCCAUUAUGUACUACCUGUGGCUGUUUAGUGCCGGAACAUUGUUUCUGAACUUCGUGGCGUGCCUAGCGUGGUUCUGUGUGGAUUCUACCCAAGGCUCUAGUUUCGGCCUUUCCAUUCUGUGGACCCUGAUGUUUACUCCUUGUUCGUUCCUGUGCUGGUACCGGCCCCUCUACAAAGCAUUCAGGAGUGACAGUUCCUUCAAUUUUUUUCUUUUCUUCUUCAUCUACUUCGUGCAAGACAUCUUGUACGUUCUCCAGGCAAUUGGGAUCCCUGGCUGGGGCUUCAGCGGCUGGAUAGCAUCCCUUUCUGUCUUGAGGACGGGAUACGUUGGUGCAGCCGCACUAAUGAUCAUUGUGGCACUUUUACUCUCUGCUAACGCUGCGCUGGGUAUCGUUUUGCUAAAGAGGGUUCACUCCAUUUACCGCCGGACCGGUGCCAGUUUCCAGAAGGCACAGGAAGAGUUUGCAGCUGGCGUGUUUUCUAACCCAGCCGUGCGAACCGCGGCUUCCAACGCAGCAGCCGGCGCAGCUCAGAAUGCUUUCAAGCCUUAACCAGCGGGCACCUGUCAGCGCUCUGGAGUCCUCACUGCCCAUUAGUCCUGGGUGUGACCUGGAGGAAUAUACUCCUCAUUAACGCCUGCUUUACGUGUCUGUUUUCACAUAAUGUUUUGGGACCUGUAGGUGGAAAUGGGUGUAAAUAAACACUGUCUUUAUAUGGAUGUGCCACCGCGGAAUAAGGACAGUCUGUGCAGAACAUGCAGCAUGUGACCACGUGUACUUUGUCAAACUACGCUUACCGAGUGGGGUGCCAGUGGCAAAAUCAAAUAUCAGGGGUGGGGUGGGGGGAGGGAGGGAGGGAGGGAGGGAGAAGAGGAAUUUACCUGGCGUAUGUGCAUGUGAUGGCUGUGUUCUUGCUAUGUGUGUGUGUCCAAGGGUGUGUACAUGUUGGCUGUUAACUCACCGUUUGGAUAAAUGCUGAAAAUGUGUGCACUUUAUGAUGAUAAAUGCUGACUGUACAAGUAUGUACAAACUUGUAAACUUACGAAGUACACACAGUAAGAAUGCAGUGAGGAUGUAUGCUGGAAACAUUCACCCUACAAGGAUGGAUACUUGUUUUAUGUAUACUGUAUACUGGUUAUUUACACUCUGGGUGUGGAUAUAAUAGAUCACAGAGGCCUGUUCUGCAGGACGUGUACAAAGUUCCACAUGGACGUGAUUCGUGCUUGAAGGCUAAUGGAUAUGAGGGGUUAUUCACACACAGGGGGCUGCAUAUAUGUGAAAGGAGUUGGUUGAUGCCUGGGCUUCCUUUGUCCAGAAUGUUGAUUUGCUAAAUGGUUCUUAAGUUUUCACUGGAUUCUGUAUAAUAAUUACUAACAUUCGUGGUGGGGCUGAUACUUGUCAGUAACUAAAGACAGAACUUAAUUCCCCAAAUGUCAUCACACUUAUCACUAACCAUGUUUGCUGUGUUUCCCUUUUCUUUGCCUGUGGAGGGGGUUGUCAUGUGUCUUAAUUGUCUACCACACUAUGGGGAGCAAUUUAGAAUAUUAGGGAGGGAGGGUCCAGACCAUUUCACUCUAUUUCUGGGGAGCAAUGGGGUACUUGCCCCAUGUGGGUUGCUGUGUUUUGGAUAUAGAAUUCCACUGUAUUUCUAGAGGCACUUUAACCAUAGGGUGAGAGCAUGUGGGGGGAAUUUAGGCGUUGUGUGGGUACCUGUCACGUCUGGAGUGGGAUUAUGCUUGAAUGAAUGGAAGAGGGCAGUAGGAGCAUUCAAUGCUUGGGGGAUGUUUAAUUUAUCAAGGGAAGGGGCAUGUCAUUUAAUGGGAUUAAUGCUUGACAAUUGCAGUUACUAGUAACAGCUCACUUUUAAGGAACAAGUCAUGUAUUGGGUGGGGUGGGAACAUCAUAGUCUGGUAGCGCAUGUAGUGAGGGGGUAAGGCGUAAGUGCUUGAGGAACAGGGUGGGAAGGGACCUCUCCCCCUAAGUUAAAGUGUAUUGAAGAGGGCAAUGGUUGAGGAUUGGUCUAGUGGUAGCAUCUCGCUCUGAGGAGCAUGUAUUGAGGUUAAUGAUUGGGGGGGCGGGGGAGGGGGUAUAGAAACAUGUCACUACUGGUAGCUUGUCUCGGAAACAGAUUUGCAUGUUUGUUAUGUAGUCUGUGGUUUUCCAUGUCUCUCUCACUGUGCUCACAAUGCCACAUGGGGCAUCGAAGAGAACCAGCUCAUGCCAAAUUAAAGACUUUUAUGAAGAA